AUGGAUAGCUCAGAUGAAGACUUCAUACCGCGCAAGAGGGCAAGGCUAGUGCGGGAAGGAGCUUUGAACGACGAUUCUGAAGCAUCUGAGUCAUCCACCGAUUUGGGUACAAACGAUGACGUCCCUAUAUAUCAGGAAUCCGGUUCCGAUUCGGAGUCUGUUGAAGUUUUAGAAGAGAGGGAUGUAGAUGUUGAAAACUUUAAUUUGGAUGAAGCCUUCAAAACGACAAACGGGAACGGGAACGGCUCUGCGGAUUCGCCUAAUGCGGUGCAGGAACCACCCAUGAUCGAUUUGGACGCAGAGGCACAACAGCAAGUGGUAGAGAUACCUGAUGAGGAUGAGGAUGCGCGGAACAAGGAUGGGGAUGUAGGAAACGACGAUGUGACUAGGGAGUUACGAGAGACGCAGCAGAACCAAAAGCCACCUCAAUCGUACAAACCACUGAGAGAAUACAAGUGUCCAAUAUGUUUUGAUCCACCAGAUGUGGCAAUGGCAGCUCCGUGUGGCCAUGUAUUCUGCUGCGAGUGUCUGUUCAACAUGGUGAACAACUCCAGAAAUAGAGGUAAUUUUGGUUUAUGCGCUCUCUGCAGAUCCAAAGUGGACUUCAAACGAUGUAAAAUGAUAAUUGUAAGGAAGAAUAAAGUGAGCAAGCCGGUUUAG